AUGUUUAGAGGUCGGGGUCCGUUGCGCUCUCUUGUUGCUAUUAGUAGACGCACUUUGUACUCAAAUGUGAAUCCUAACUCAAAACUACUAAUCAGAAGCAAGUCUCCUUUGGAGAUAUCUUGUCUGCCAUCUCAUGAAGCGGAUCGCAGCGCUGUCAUUCUUCCUGAAUGUAACAAAUUUUGCGUCGAAUCUGGUUGGAAGAUCUUACAAACUGAUGAUGUGCAGUCAGAGAAAAACGAAGUAUACAAGAUUCAAGUCCCCGCUCAGCGAGGUUGGAUCGUACCCGAUCUCUCCAUCAAUUCUGCAGGUGAUGUAAUCGGUUCAGGUUAUCUUGAAGGCAACAUUAAUCUAACGACGAAGGGAUCCUUUAAAGCCGACAACGUCACGGGUCAAUCUAUUGAUCUUCGUUUUGGCGGCACUACGCUUGCUGUUCACUCCGCCUAUUGCGAAACAAUGAACCUGAACUGGAUUGUUCCUGAAGAGCCACCUGACGGAGUUACGCCCGUUGAAUUGCCCCCAAUCAGUGUUUAUUUCGGGACUUUGCGCGGCAACGCCACCAUAGAACUUGCUGGGGAUGCCAACUUCAAUAUUGGCAGUUUCGAGGGAACCAUGUACAUGCGACAACGUUUUGGUAAUGUGGCCGUCCACAUUGGCGGCCCCUGUCCGCUUCUUGAGAUUUACGUUGCCGAAGGCAACAUAGAGCUCAGUUUGCCCACGACGUCAGUGGGUGAAAAAAUAUGUGGCGCCGUCGAGAUUCAGGCCUCUGAGAUAGAAAUCGACAGAGAUGCCCUUCCGCCAAAUUGUCUCGAUAACUGGGAUCUUGGGGAAGCUGCCGAGGCACAGACGUUCUCCGCAAACUUCAACGAUCCCGACGCCGACUCAGAAACCAUCUGGAGGGUUCGGACACUGAGAGGCCGCGUUCGUCUGACCGGUGCAUCGUGGACUGACGCCAUGUUGCGCUGUCACAAACGAAUAUCGACAACGCUGUAA